AACUGCAGUGCUGGGGAAGCUUCAGUCCUUGUUUCCUUUCCUGAGACAAGGCGUCAUGGUGGCACACAAAGGUAAGCCAUCUUAUCAUGUCCCAAAAUUCUCCGGUUGAAAGAAACCCAUCACUAACUUGUUCCAGGUGUUGGAUCCUCCACAACCAAAAGGCGACCAUUGUCGUCAUCAUCGCUCACGGCACUGACCAUCGAGGCCACGGUGGGCAUGAGAAGUGCGCAUCGCCCAAGACUUGGACCGUUUCAAAGUACCGCAAGCUGCCAUGGCCAUCUUCUUCCUCUGCUCCUUUUGCGCCCGUGGUGCCAGGUGAGUGGCUGCACUGCGUUUUUGGCAUGAACAGAGGCGACACAGGCAUGGACUUGACCGGCCGAGAUGAGAUCGACAGCGGCCUGGGCCGGAUGGCAGGAGAAACGGUCUAGAUUCUACGCGACGUGGAUUGGAUGGACGGAUGGGUGCUUGCUGGUGUGCAUGCUGCUGCAUGGCGUCCCUUUCUUGAUUUUCAGCAGCAGGCAGUCCAGUCUCCAGUCUAUGGCUGUGGGUUGUGACAGUGAAACACACACACUAGUCCCUACAUGUUUUAUUCUGCAGCACAAAAUAUAAUGUGCAUUUCAGCAGCCUAAUCGCUUCACUUUUUGUAGGAGAGAAUUUCUUUUCGAGCCGUUUUCUGGGAGGGUUCCAAGGUUGCUUCCUGCGAAGAGGCACAAGACGACGUUGAAGUCGAAGGCAACUUCCUUUACCCUUUUUUCCUCUAUAUGGUGUCAACCAACAUGGAGCACUACAUUUGGCCAGGGAUAGUUGCCCAAAGCCAAAUGCAAAUGCGAUGCACCUAAAAAGGGGAAAAAGAGGAGGAAAGAAGUUCAAGGCUUUGGAACAAUUCGACACGGUUUUCUGCGUUCAGCGACACCGACGGCCGGAGGGACGGACGGAAAAGGAUAUUUGGGGAUAUGUGGUGCGGUGUGUCACCCCCUUUUGGAAUUUGCUGUGGAAAGUCACGGCCGCUCGCCGCUGGUGGACAUGCACGCACCAACGACCUGCUGAAAAUCUUGGUGAGCUUUUUUGUGCCUACUCCAGCACUCCAUUGCUGAGGCUGUGAACCAUGACGAUCUAUUUAGUGCUAGAUACCUCCGCAUCUAGACAAAUCUAAGACAAGUAAUUCGAAACGGAGGGAGUACCUUUUUACCGUUUCAAAAUGCGUCAGUGUCAGUGGAGCUUACCUACGACCGAGGCAAUGCUUCACCUUCACUGCUCACUUUGCCUGCUGGACCAAUCAUCUGGAUUUGAACGCAUGGAUGGAUCUCUGCUUAUUUAUCUUUGCUUAGCCGCAUCCUUUUCAUAAAGGAAGUAUGGCUGCGAAAGGAUUGACCUACGGUCAAGAGUGGCUUCUCAGAAUAUACUACUCCUAUAUAAGUAUUUUGCAAGUGGCCCCUCAUGCCUCUUGAGAGCGACGUUAGCCCAAUCGGGUUAGCUGCGCUAAAUCUUCUAAUUAUCCAAUCACACACUCACCUGAUUUUUAUUUGGAAUGGUGACUCUACGAAGGGUGUGUCUAGGGCACAUCUAGAUGAGCUAUAGUUAUUGCACAUCUAAAUGAGUGAAUCAAGUAUAAAAGAGAAAAAAAAAGAGAAAAAAAUAUAUUCACACGAAUCUCAAUAUAAGAUCAAUGACAUAUGACUUAGAUGUGCUUUAGCAAAACUGUCUAUUAUUUAAUUAUUACAAACAUAGCAGGCAAAUUUAAGUAUUCUGCAACGCUUGAUUGAUUUCUAGAUUCUUCCACGACCUUGAGCUGUCAAGGCGGCUCCUGCAAAACCCUGUUAAAUGAUGCUGCUCCGUACACAUACCUAUUUUCCAUAAUUAAUCACAAACUUAUGAUGGUUGCUGUCAGGGGGGCUGCGAAACUUGUUUCAUUAUUACAGUAUAAAAAUAAGUCACAAACACACAGAAACACAGGUUGUCUAGCCGGAGGAAAAUAGACAAAAAGAACUGGUUAAAAGAACAGGACUACCCCCUUCUUUUUUGGCAUAAUGCCAUAAUCCACCUGAAAGGCUAGCAUAGAGGGCAUCAACAGGGGAGCACUACGCAAAACACAACCUAUACCUUCUACUUAGUUUCCUUUCUAUUUAUCCUUUUAAUCAUCACCAUUAAGCAAACUGAGAUGCCUAGGUUCCUUUUGGUGGAAUGUGCAUACCUGGGUUUAGGUCCUGGACUUGACACGAGUGGUCGCAUUUUCCUAAAUUUAUUCCAGGCUUUUUGAUGACAUUUGUGGCGGGCCUGCUAGCUCAGUCUCUAGGUGCUCACAUGAGAGAGUGUACAUGCGUGUGUUUAUUGGGUGACUGUGCGUGCGUGUAUGUGGAUUUAUACGUUUGUGGUGUGUUUCUCAAAAUGAAAAUCCUCACCAUCAAGGGUGAAUGUGAAUAAAAUAAGAAUAUUGGAGGAUUACAUUCUUUAGAUCUAUUUCUAUACAUAGACCUUGUUUGAUUUGUACUAGGAUAAAAAAAAAUUCAAUUCCUAUGAUCUACUUUGCAUGGAAUGAAAAUUGACAUUGAGCCCAAUCUUUGCUAUAUUUCUAUGACAACUUGCCAUGCAUUAGCCUUUUUGUGGUCAGUUUUUCUUAUGAAGCUAAAAUGUUGCGCAAUGUUCGAAAAUAAAAAUACCGCAAAUUUCUGAUUCAAAGUCAAAAUUUACUCUGCUGAUUACUCUCUAGUGGUUGACCAAUCAUGAUUCUCCCACUAACUUGGAUUGGCCAAGGGGAAACUUCAUGAUGUAGUACAACUUAGUGGAUUUUAACAGGGAACCACUACACACGAACAUAACUUCCUACCAAUUUCCUUUCUUAAUUAAUCCCUUUUGUAAAGCCUUAUACAUCAUCAACUUGAGCUUCGCCGCCGGACUAUAUAUGCGGCAAGCAUCCUCUGCUCUCCCAACACAUUCAUCCAACAACCAACACCACCGCUUACCAGUCUGGAAUCUACUCAAGCUAGCUAGCUGAUCUGAUCGAGAUGGAGCGGCGAGGAGCAGCGGCGGCGCCGUCGCUGGAGCUGCCGGGGUUCCGCUUCCACCCCACGGAGGAGGAGCUGCUGGAGUUCUACCUCAAGCACCACGUCACCCGAAACAACAAGCAGCAGCAGCUCAGGGCGCCGUUCGACAUCAUCCCCACGGUGCACCUGUACCGGCACGACCCCUGGGACCUCCCGGGCCUGGCCGCCAUCGCCAGCGAGCGCGAGUGGUACUUCUUCGUGCCCCGCGACGGCGCCCGGAAGCACGCGUCCGGCGUUGCCGGGGGCGGGCGCCCGAGCCGCACCACGGAGCGCGGGUUCUGGAAGGCCACGGGGUCCGACCGCGCCGUGCGCUGCGCCGCCGAUCCCAAGCGCCUCGUCGGGCUCAAGAAGACGCUCGUCUACUACCAGGGCCGCGCGCCCCGGGGCACCAAGACAGACUGGGUCAUGAACGAGUACCGCCUGCCCGACCUCGCCGGAGCCGGCGCCGGCGAGCAGCAGGACGUGGUGCUCUGCAAGGUGUACCGCAAGGCCGUGUCGCUCAAGGAGCUGGAGCAGCGGGUCGCCAUGGAGGAGCUCGCGCGCACGCGCUCCUCCCCGCCCACCACCACGGCCUCCCACUGCAGCGCCGGCUCGCCCGACGUCUCCUCCGCGUCGGAGGUCGCCAACGAGGCCGUCAACGCCGUCGUGCAGCACCAUGGCCACCACGGGGUGAAGAAGGAGGAGGCCGUGGCGGUGGCGAGGCCGCCGGCGAUGCGGCUGCCGCAGCUGGAGACGGCCAAGGGCGGCGCUGGGCUGGAGUGGAUGCAGGACCCGUUCCUGACGCAGCUGAGGAGCCCCUGGAUGGAGGGCCUCUGCUUGUCUCCCUACUACGCCAGCAGCGUCCUCAACUUCUAGCUACAACCAAAAAUUAUUACUCGUACUACUAAUCACUAGUCCAUUAAUCCAUGGAGCCAUCUCAAAAUUCAGAGGUAAAAUACAUGAGCCAGCAGAUUAUGUAGCGGUCACUGAAUCUGGCAACAGAAAUGGAGUCUACUGGUUGGCAUAUGAAACUCAAUAGUAUAUGACACAACUAGACAAAAGGAAUGGUGAAAUUUUACCAUGUAUAGCACAGAUAGAGGAGCCAAAUUUUCACUACUCUAUUAAUUACUACGUAGUUCAAUGGAGUUUGUCCAGAAUUCAUAGAUUCGAUGGAUGCACGAUCGGUGCAAGGUGUGUUUACAUAUCCGAUCAAGUACAUGACUACACACCAAAUUCACACCAAAUUCACACCAAAUUCAUAGAUUCGAUGGAUGCAUAAUGGAUUGGGCAUUCACACCAAAUUCCAUAACCCGAGCUUUUUCUGACGGGGUUUAUUGGUGGGCGCAUGAAACUCACUGUGAUAUGUGAGUCGGAGAAAGAGGAAAUUGAUGAGUUAGAAAAACAUGUAACUCGUUUUAUUUUCAAUACAACGGGUUGAUCAG